CUUCUUCUUCUUCUUCUUCUUCUUCUUCUUCUUCUUCUUCUUCCUUCAAGAUUCAGCAUCUUUCUUCAAGAUCGACCCUGUGACAAGAAAGAUCCACAUUUUCUUCUCUUCUUUUUUGCUUUCUUCAAGUUUGAUUCUCUCAUUCCUUCCAAGUUCCAACGUUCUUUCUUUUUUUUCAUCUUUUUUUGCUCUGUUUUUUCCCCUGCUUCUGCACUUGCUGUGUUUCCUUUUGCAAAUGGAAACAACUUCAUCUAGGUCCAGUAAUAAGAAAGAUCCUGGUUGGAAAUACAAUUCUUUGAAGGAUCCUAGUAAACCCAAUUAUAUUACCUGCAAUUUUUGUAAUAAAACAACUACUGGGGGAAUCAAUCGAGCAAAGCAACAUCAGAUGGGGCACUUGGGUAAUGCUACAGUUUGUCCAAAAGUCCCACAAGAGGUUAAGGAAGAGCUGUGGAAUUAUUACAACGAGAAGAAGUCUCAAAAAUCCACCGGCUCCUCAGGUUCUUUUCAGAUGUUUAAUUAUUUAGAAGAUUGUAGAAUCGGUGAUGAUGAUUUGGAUGAGGUUGAGUUAGUUGAGUUUAAUGCAAGUGGUAAACGAUUGUUGACUGCAAAAUCUGGGGCUGGAAUGCAGGGUAGUGGGAAGAAAACCAAAGGCCCGAUGGAUUUGUUUUUGAGGAAACCAGAAACUAUAGUUCAGAAAAGAAAAGAAAGCAAAAUGAGGCAAAUGAGUAUAAAAGAUAGUGAUCUAGAAGCAAGAGCUAGGACUGUCCAGUAUAUAACUAGAUUUUUUUAUCAAGCUGGGAUCCCAUUUAAUGUAUCACGUUUAGAUAGCUUCAAAUAUAUGGUAGAAGCUAUUGGGAGGUAUGGUCCAAAUUUAAAACCUCCUAGCUAUCAUGAGUUGCGAGUUCCAUUGUUGAAAAAGGAAUUGCAGCUUACAAAUGAUAUGCUAGAGAAUCACAAGAAGAAAUGGGCAAAGUAUGGUUGCUCAAUUAUGUCUGAUGGUUGGACAAAUAGAAGACAAAGAAGUAUAAUUAACUUCUUGGUGAACUAUCCAGCAGGCACAAUGUUUGUAGAAUCUGUUGAUGCAUCUUCUUACAUGAAAACAGGGGAUAGAUUGUAUGAGUUACUUGAUGCUUUUGUGGAGAGAAUUGGAGAGAAAAAUGUCAUUCAAGUGGUCACUAACAAUGGCAGCAAUUAUGUCUUGGCGAGCAAAUUGCUACAAGCUAAAAUAAAGAAUUUGUUUUGGACUCCAUGUGUAGCCCAUUGUGUGGAUCUCAUUUUAGAGGAUAUUGGAAAGCUGCCAAAUAUAAAAAGAACCUUAGAGAGAGCCAUUUUUCUAGUGGGGUUUAUAUACAACCACACCUCUGCCUUAAGUUUGAUGAGAACUCUCACAAAAAAGAAAGAAUUAGUUAGGUAUGGGGUCACUAGGUUUGCUACAACCUAUCUUACUUUGGAAAGGGUUUACAAGCAAAAGCUUAACCUUAGAAAAAUGUUCACAUCAGAUGAGUGGAUGAAAAGCAAGUUUUACAAAGAAGCUAAGGGUAAGAGGGCUACUGAUGUUAUCUUGAUGCCUUCUUUUUGGAAUGAGAUUGUGUAUGCCCUUAAAGUUAUGGGUCCUUUAGUGGGUGUUCUUCGCCUAGUUGAUAAUGAAAAAAAACCAGCAAUGGGUUAUAUCUAUGAAGCAAUGGAUAGGGCCAAGGAAGCCAUUCAAAAGGCCUUUGAUGGGAAUGAAGAAAAGUAUAAGAAUGUAUUUUCUCUUAUAGAUAAGAGAUGGGAAAAUCAGCUUCAUCAUCCUUUGCAUGCUGCUGGUCAUUUUUUGAACCCUCAAUUCUUUUAUAAUGACCUAAGCAUUGCAACAAAUAAAGAGAUUUGCGAUCCAGGAGUAAAAGAGCACCUGCUCAAUGGUGGAGUUCGUAUGGAAUGGAAACUCCAGAGUUGAUGAGGUUGGCCAUUCGAAUUUUGAGUUUAACUUGUAGUGCUGCUGGUUGUGAGAGAAACUGGAGUGUUUUUGAGCAAGUAAGUAUUUUCUCUACUUGUUGGUUUAGAGACUGUUUUUAUUUAAUUGUUUUGUAUUUCUUUUUCAAUUCUUGUAACUUAUAAGUGAAGUUUUAGUUAUCAAUAAAGUUUUAUUAUGGUA